AUGCAUAAAAAAGUGGCUCACCCUAAUGAAAUUCAUAAUACCACGACAAUAUUGUGGCAUAUCUUGCAAGCGUGUAAGGGCGGUGACGACGUCAUCGCGCACAGUUGCUCACCACAUAAUCCCGAAAUGGGGAAGGGAGGCAACGCAUCGAUGGUCAAGAAUCGCUCUCCAGCACGGGAAGCCAAUCGUUGCCGGAAAGUCACACAGAUCCGUGGGCAGGUCUAUGACAUCACAGAUUUUGCGGAAUCACAUCCUGGUGGAGCUCAGCUACUCGCUCUUGCCGUCGGGCGUGACGCCACGAUUUUGUUCGAAAGCCACCACAUACGCACCGAAAUCGUUGAUAGGGUGCUCAAGACCCUUCCGAAAGUGGAUGACAUCGACAAACUUUUCCCUGAUGAAGAAUUUCCCGCUCCGCUCGAUUCGCCGGUAUAUCGGAAAAUUCAACAACGCGUUCGUGACGAAAUUUUGGCGCCCCUGGAAAGAACGAAAGGACGCGCAGCCACAGGACGGGGCGGUUGCCUUCUGGACAUGGCAGCUGUAGUCGCAUUCUUCUUUACCUCCCUCAGUUUAUACAUUGCGUGCCCUUCGAUCAUGACAGGUAUUAUCCUAGGACUCGCAGGGUACUGGUCUGGCACAGGUCUGCAACAUACCGCCAAUCAUGGUGGACUUUGCCGGAGCUCUUACUGGAACCAGUUUUGGGGCUGGUUUGGUAGUGAUGUAGUCAUAGGUAAAUCAAGCCUUGAGUGGCGCUACCACCACACCGUCUCUCAUCACUCAUAUUGCAACGACAUAAACAGAGACCAGGAUGUUUAUACAUCUUUCCCCCUGAUCCGCCUUGAUGAAACUCAACCUUGGUCCUGGUACCAUACUUUUCAACCAAUAUACACUCCUUUCAUUUGGCCUUUGCUCUAUCUUGCAGCGCAGAUUGGUGACUUUGUCAAUAUAUUCAUAUACAAGGCAUCUCCUGGCGUUGAAUACACCGGAAUAACUCCGAUCGAAGUGGCGCUUUAUGUCUUUGGCAAGAUCUUUCAUGUUAGCAUCACUUUGGCCAUUCCAGUGUAUCUUCACGGAUGGGCUAAGAUAUGGGCUCCAUUUGUUGUUUACAGCUGUUUUGGAUCUUUUGUCUUGUGCUGGUUCUUCAUUGUGAGCCACAAUCUUGAUGGCCUGCGUCCUCACCAAUUUUCGCACACCACUCGUAAUGAUUGGGGCAGAUGGCAAAUAGAAACCUCUGCAAGCUGGGGUAAUGUGUUCUGGUCAUUUCUUUCUGGUGGGCUCAAUUACCAGAUAGAACACCACCUUUUCCCAGGUGUGGCGCAUAACCUAUAUCCGUUGAUGCAGCCGAUCAUCAAGCAAGAAUGCGUUAAUGAGGGCAUCCAAUACAAUGGAUUCGACGGAUACUUCGGCAUCGUGCCAAUCACAUUCAAGAUGUUCUGCUUUCUGAAGAAGAUGAGCCUGAACCCAAGCAAGACAAAGUGAUUUCCUCAUCAGCUCUUUGAUAGACUACGAAUACAGUUUGUUUUAGCUUCCUCGAUGAUACUACGUAUCAUUCACGAAACCUAUCACGCACUACUAGCCCGCUGCAAAAUUCAAUCAACCAGCCGUGCAGUAAAAUUAUUGAUAAAGAUCUACCGACAUGUAAAUUCAUC